UUUGUAUGUGUUGGUGUAUCCACUAACACGAACGUUUCAUCUCAAGCUAAAAUAGUAUCUCAGUGUUUGAUGGCGUUGGUUAAGUCUGGUGAGUAGCAGGCUCUGGUCGGUCAGUGUACGAUUGUCAAGUUUGACAUCAGGAUUGUCAAGUUUGAUCUCACGAUUGUCAAGUUUGAUCUCGAGGUUGUCAAGUUUGACGAAAUGGCGAACGCGGUACCGUUUGUCAAAAACUGGAUAAAACUGAGGAAGGUUGUUGUCUUCGGUAAGAGUUUUUCACCUGAAUCCCAGCAGAUCAAACAGCUGUUGUCUAAAUAUAGACAGCUGACAGAUGACAACUAUUGUUACGUAGACAUUGAGAAACGAUCGGACGUGUCCAAUGUUGAAGACUACUUAAUAAUGCUAACGGGUCUAAACAACCGAGAGGUACCUCUGAUGUUCGUCAACUCUAAAUUCAUCGGCGGCUACCUCCACAUCCAACGCCUGCACAACACGGGCCAGCUCAAGCGCCUCUUCACCAAGUACUACCUCGUCAGCGACAGCGAGGACGACGACAAGGAAGACGAGGAAGUCCGACGCAAGGAGAUCAUGGUCAACAUCCAAGCUCUGGACGAGACGGAAGUCGUGGUCAAGAUCGCUGACUGGGUCCACCAGGGCGCGGUGAAUCAUGUCGACUACGACCCGUACACCGUGAACGAGCAUUUGAACUCUCCACCGUCGGAGAUUGAAAUGGUGUUUUGGCCAUCUUUCCGGGAGAAGAUUCAAGAAUCUCUGCCUUAUAAAGGGAAUGUGAAAGAAGACGAAGGGGACCCAGAGUGGAUUUACGUCGGCGGGAAAAGGAUUCACAGAACGUCUAGGGUAAGGAAUCCGUCGAUCGCGAAUUUUAUGAUGCACCGGUCGUCGGGUGUGGUAGAGGAUAAGCCGCAACAAGUGGAUCACGAAGAUCUCUCUCCGGUCAAGUCAAACGUGGAGGUGGUAGAGAGAAAGUUAUCCGAACACAGCAAGGACACCGUCAUAUCCGCGGAGGAAGAUCCUCGCAUUUACCAGGAGUAGGAGGCGAACCCACAGACACGAAGACAAGGACGCUAAUUGGAUCUCCAAUUAUUCAUCUGUUUAAUUGGUACCAGAAUAUGCAUGAACAGAUGUGAAUGGAAAUAUGGAACACACCUGGAUGGGCACCUGUGUAACUUGCCUGCUAAUUAUUUAUUUAAAGAGAACUAAAGUGAGGUUUCUUGAGUUUUUUUAGUUUUUUUAUUGUAGAUACUUCGCCAACAAACCAAUGAUCU